GCGGAGGCCGCGGCUCCUCCGCGGGCUGCUGCUCGGGCCGGGGGCAGAAGCCGGUGUUGGCUGGAGCUGCCAAGGCAGCCGGCGGGCGGAUUAAGGCGCCUGAACAGUCUGCCUGCUUUCAGGCCGAGGCCUGAGCAUCGGGGCUCCUUCCCGCCUCGCUGCCAGGCUCCUUGCGGGCUGGUGGCCCCCUCUGUCCCAGCCUUCAGGAGGACCCUCUUCGCCCCCCCCCGCCCCCCAACAGUGAGUCCCGGCGCCCCUGGUUUUGGUACACGUGACCCCAGGUGCCCAGGGCCGCCUCCCCAGCCCAGUCUCUCCACAGUGACCUCAGAGUCCUCUCCCGGAAGGUCUCCCUGACGUCUGACCCUAGUCUUACCUCCUGCAAAUUGGAAUUCCGUUUUCUUUCUGUCCUGCAUUCAGAGAACAGAAAAACCAAGGAUCAGAUCGGCCCUGCAAUACAAAGUCCAUCAUCUGGGGGCUGAUGCUUGGGGUAGGAAUUAGAAUUAAUUUUAGGGCACUUGUAUCAAGCUCCUGCAGGGGUUUCCUAGGGAAAGGCCCUGUGGGCCAGCAGGGUCACUUCCCCCGGCCCCUCCCUUCUCUAUCCCCGGGGAGGGGCACCCACCUUGGCCACGCCCCACCACACACCCCCAGGGGGCUGGGCAGGAGCUUUGCUGGGGACCUUGGCCUGGCUUAGGCUGGCUGCGGUGGGCGGGCCCCUGGCCUUUCCAGCCCCUGGGCCUCCCCCUGCAUUCUAGAGCUUGGAGCUGCCGCCUCUGCUGCUGCCACUGCGGGGCUGCCUCCUCUCCUUCUCAGCCUCUGAACACCCGCUGCACCUUCACCCCCCCACCCAGCUGCUCCUGUCACCUGGCCAUGACCUCGGCCCCCCCAGGAACCCUGACCCAGCCCUGAGCCCUUGGAACCCCCAGUCCCUUCCCCUGAGCCAUGGCCAACUCAGGCCUCCAGCUCCUGGGCUACUUCCUGGCCCUGGGUGGCUGGGUGGGUAUCAUCGCCAGCACGGCCCUCCCGCAGUGGAAGCAGUCCUCCUACGCAGGCGACGCCAUCAUCACGGCCGUGGGCCUCUACGAAGGGCUCUGGAUGUCCUGUGCCUCCCAGAGCACCGGUCAGGUGCAGUGCAAGCUCUACGACUCACUGCUCGCCCUGGAAGGUCACAUCCAGUCAGCUCGGGCCCUGAUGGUGGUGGCCGUGCUCCUGGGCUUCGUGGGCAUGGUCCUCAGUGUCGUCGGCAUGAAGUGCACCCGGGUUGGAGACAGCAACCCCAUCGCCAAGAGCCGCGUUGCCAUAGCUGGGGGUGCCCUCUUCCUCCUAGCCGGCCUCUGCACUUUGACAGCCGUCUCAUGGUAUGCCACCCUCGUGACCCAGGAGUUCUUCAGCCCUAGCACACCUGUCAAUGCCAGGUACGAGUUCGGCCCGGCCCUGUUCGUGGGCUGGGCCGCCGCCGGCCUGGCCAUCCUGGGCGGCUCGUUCCUCUGCUGCACGUGCCCCGAGCCCGAGCGAUCCAACAGCAGCCCGCAGCCCUACCGGCCCGGCCCCUCGGCGGCUGCCCGCGAACCAGUUGUUAAAUUGUCUGCCUCCACCAAGGGCCCCCUGGGUGUAUAAUGUCCAGGUCCCCAGCCUGGCUCUGUUCCCCCUGCCACACCUAGACUGUGUGCUUGAUAUUUUUUUGGAAACAGACGUUUGAACAUCCA